AUGGCUAUUAUAACUUUACUGCUGUUGGGUGUUGUCGGAUCUGCAUUUUGUCAUGGCCCAUAUGGUGGUGGAGGCGGCGGAUGGUAUGGCGGCGGCGUAGGUGGUGGCGGAAGCGGUGGCGGAGGAUUGGGAUCUGGCGGCAGUGGUGAACUAUUGUUAUUAGGCGGAGGAGGUGGUUGGGGAAAAGGAGGAUAUGGUGGUGGAAGCGACGGAGGUUAUAGUGUUGGGUAUGGUGGCGGUGGAGGCGGUGGUGGCGGAGGAUUCGGAUCUGGCAUUAGUGGUGGUGGUGGACUAUUGUUAUUAGGCGGAGGAGGCGGAGGAGGAGGAGGAGGAGGAGGAGGAGGAGGAAGUGGAGGAAAGAAAGAUAACGUGAUAGAGAAAAAUGCAGGAAAAAAGAAUAUUUUGAUGCGAACCGCUUUUUCAGUUACUUGCAUAGCCAAAUAUAUGAAAACUGAGCAUGUAGUCAAGUAUGGUGUACCUGUCGUAAAGGACAAUGUUUGA